AUGUCACUUCAAGCUUUCUUUCGUGGUUCGAUGCACAUCGUCCGAUUCUUCCAGAUGGCAACACUCGCAUUUACCACGUAUACGGUAUAUUACGCGGUAUGGAUCCGUAGACAGGAGUACCGUAAUGCUAGAGAGUAUCAUGACAUGUCAAAUGAGAUGCUUCUUGACAUGAAUGAGGUGGCUAUGGUCAUAGCAUGCGUUGCCCUUGGUAUCGAGAUAUUCAUUAACUCGGACUUUAACAAACCGUCGGAUUCGCGUUUGUCGACAAUGAGUCUUGCUAUCUUCUCAGUGGGCCUCAUCUUUUACGCCACAGUGCCAGCGGCUAAAGAAGACUUGAAGCAGAAUGGUGCAUUGAUGGAUCUCAGUCACGAUGUCGACUUUUCGACAAUCGAAACGGCACUGUGGCGAACAUCAAUGACAUAUGGAGUGAUUACUUGGGCGUCGAGCGUAGUGUUCGUACUGUCUACUAUCGUGGACCAGGCAGAAAGAGUCAUUCUACAGAAGUCGGGCAUCAGUGGUGUAGUGUUGCAUGCUGUGGAUCAGAAAGUUCCCUCGCAUGGUCUCAGGCUGGAAAUUCGAUCUCCUGUGUGA